AUGGAAUUCUGCAGAAGCCCUGAGUCAGCUAGAUCUAAGGAAUCAGCUUAUGUGGCUAGUCUGGAAAAAUCUCCUGGGUCUGGGAAGGAGACCUUACCAGAAAUUACAGACAAAAAUCCCUUGCCCCAGGAGACAAAUGGAACAAAAAAGGAGCUGAAGACACUUCCACCGGGCCUCAAAUACACUUACUUAGAGGAGGAUGAGACAUUUCCAGUAAUAGUCAACAGCAACUUGACCAAGGAACAAGAGAAGGAGUUAUUGAAAGUCAUCAAAAGAAACAAGAAAGCAAUAGGAUGGACUCUCUCAGAUUUGGUGGGAAUAAGUCUGGAUCUUUGUAUGCACCACAUUCGUUUAGAAGAAAGUGCGAAGGCUCAUCGAGAUGCACAACGGAAACUGAACCCGAACAUGCGAGAGGAGGUCCUAAAGGAGGUGUUAAAAUUGCUUGCUCUAGGGAUUAUCUACUCCAUUCCUGACAGUGAGUGGGUCAGUCCUGUCCAUAUGGUGCCAAAAAAAUCUGGAAUACAGGUUGUUAAGAAUGAAAAGAAUGAGUUGGUACCCACCAGAUUAGUGACGGGAUGGAGGAUGUGCAUCGACUACAGGAAGUUGAACGAAGCCACAAAGAAGGAUCAUUUUCCUUUACCUUUCAUUGAUCAGAUGCUGGAAAGACUGGCAGGCAAACAGUACUUUUGUUUCCUUGAUGGAUACAGCGGCUACUUCCAAAUCUACGUUAAUCCAGAGGACCAAGGGAAAACCACAUUCACGUGCCCCUUUGGUACAUAUGCAUACCGAAGAAUGCCGUUUGGAUUGUGUAAUGCACCGGGAACUUUCCAACGAUGUAUGAUGAGCAUUUUCUCGGAUCUGUUGGAAGUAUGCAUUGAGAUAUUCAUGGACGAUUUCACUGUAUAUGGGAACUCAUUUGAUACUUGUUUAGCCAGCCUUGAUCUAGUGUUACAGAGAUGCCAAGAGAAGCAUUUAGUGUUGAAUUUCGAGAAGUGCCACUUCAUGGUGACUGAAGGCAUUGUCCUGGGUCACGUGGUCUCUGAGAGGGGUAUUCAGGUAGACAAAGCAAAGGUGGAUGUGAUAUCAAAAUUACCAUACCCUACGAAUCAAAAAGAGGUGAGAGGUUUCCUAGGCCAUGCAGGGUUCUAUAGGAGGUUUAUCAAGGAUUUUGCAAAAAUCGCGCAACCACUCACUCGGUUGUUACAUAAUGAUGUGGAGUUCGUCUUUGACGAAGGAUGCGAAAGGGCGUUCCAGUUGCUUAAAGAUAGGUUAAUAUCAGCACCAAUUAUCAGGGCACCAGACUGGAGCCAUCCUUUCGAGAUAAUGUGUGAUGCGAGCGAUUUCGCUGUGGGAGCUGUCCUAGGACAGAAAAUUGAUGGAAAAAGCUAUGUGAUCUUCUAUGCUUCCAAGACGCUGAAUCAGGCUCAGAAAAAUUAUGACACCACGGAGAAGGAAAUGUUGGCUGUCGUAUACGCGUUUGAAAAAUUCCGACCCUAUCUCCUUGGGUCAAGGGUUAUAGUUUUCACGGAUCACGCGGCGAUUAAGUACUUGCUGGCUAAGAAAGAGUCUAAGCCGAGAUUAAUCCGUUGGGUGUUACUCUUGCAGGAGUUUGAUUGGGAAGUAAGAGACAAGAAAGGAACGGAAAAUAGAGUGGCUGAUCACUUGAGCAGAAUACAUCAGGGGGAAACAGAAGAGGCCAUACCCGAUGCCUUCCCCGAGGAGCAUUUGUACCUUCUGGAGACAGAACCAUGGUUUGCCGAUUUAGCCAACUACUUGGUCACGGGAGAGAUGCCAAGUUCAGACGAGAUUUCCCGGGCCCAGAGGAUGAAGAUUAGAAGUGAAGCUAAAUAUUACUUUUGGGACGAUCCUUACCUGUGGAAAAUGUGCUCAGAUCAAGUGAUUAGACGCUGCAUUCCCGAAUGGGAACAAAGAGAUUCUAAUGGCCAGGCAGAGAUUUCUAAUCGCGAGAUCAAGGCGAUAUUGGAGAAAACAGUUAAUCCGUCAAGGAAGGACUGGAGCAAGAGACUCGGGGACGCAUUGUGGGCUUACAGAACUGCUUUUAAAACGCCUAUUGGAAUGUCGCCUUACAGACUUGUGUUUGGCAAGAUGUGUCACUUACCUGUUGGUAUUGAGCACAAGGCGUACUGGGCAGUGAAAGAAAUGAACAUGAAGCCGAUAGCUUGCGAAGAAGAAAGGAAGUUACAAUUGCAAGAAUUGGAGGAACUUCGGCUGGAGUCGUUUGAGUCUGCCAUGUGGUACAAAGAAAGAACGAAGUUAUGGCAUGAUAAAAAUCUCCGGGUCAAGGAACUUCAUGUGGGACAGAAGGUGCUCCUUUUUCAGUCUCGGCUCAAGCUAAUGCCAGGAAAACUGAAGUCUAAAUGGAUCGGCCCAUAUACCAUCAUCGGCAUCCGAGCAAAUGGAGCAGUGGAGAUCCAGGGAAGACAUGGUCGAGGGAAUUAG